AUGUUGGCGCUCAGCGCAUUGCCUUUCCUGAAGCCUGUUCACCUGAGGUCCCCCCGAAGCUCGCGCAGGGGCCAGCGCCGCAGUGAGUUUCGCUGCCUCAGCCCCGAGGAUGCCGUCAGCGUCUUCGAGAUCGAGCGGGAAGCCUUUAUAUCCGUCUCUGGGGACUGUCCUCUCCACCUGGACGAGAUCCGCCACUUUCUGAACCUGUGCCCGGAGCUGUCCCUCGGCUGGUUUGAGGAGGGGCGGCUGGUAGCGUUCAUCAUUGGCUCCCUCUGGGACCAGGACAGGCUCAGCCAGGCGGCGCUGACCCUGCACAAGCCACUGGGCACGGCCGUGCAUAUCCACGUCCUGGCUGUGCACCGCACCUUUCGGCAGCAGGGCAAGGGCUCCAUCCUGAUGUGGCGGUACCUGCAGUACCUGCGCUGCCUGCCCUUCGCCCGCCGCGCCCUGCUCAUGUGCGAAGAUUUCCUGGUGCCCUUCUACCAGAAGUGUGGUUUCGAGGCGCUGGGGCCCUGCCAGGUGACGGUGGGGGACAUGGCCUUCGUUGAGAUGCAGCAUCCCGUGCGGGGACACGCCUUCAUGCGCAGGAACAGUGGCUGCUGA